GACGGCGAAGAGGGGCGACAGCGUUCACUCAGCCCGGCACACCUGCAUGACAGCUCCGCGCAGCCUCGUGCCGCUGGCGACCAGAGCGUUUGCCACCGGCGCGAAAUCGGAUUAAUGAAUAUGAAGUCAGAAUGUUGAAAAACGACCCCCGAAAAGGAGGACAAUCCUUACGGGACGCGCACGUUCGCUGACACUUUUUUUGGGGGGGAUAAAUUCACCAACAAUUUAUUAUUUUUUAAAUCGCGUUUGAGGCGCUGCGUUUUACUUACAGUUGCUCGAUUCUUGAGGAUGGAUCUGGGAGCGGUGAUCCGCGCGCUGAGAUAAGGGCGAUCGCUCCCCUAACGGACUGCGUUUCAGGAACCUCAACCGAACCGAACUACGGGCAUCUGCAUCCCGCCCUCUCCGUGUCGCGCGCUCAGGAGAUAGCUGCUAAUUCUGGACGAAGGAUGCUCUCGAUUUUUUUUUUACGCCUCGAAAUAUUAAUGGACUACCUUGGUCUCCCUCCUCCAAGUGCAUAUUAGUAUAGAUGGGAUGCACACACACACAGAGACACGCACACGCACGCACACACAGUUGGCACACAGCCAUACACUGAAGAACACGCUUAUCGCAAAUAACCUGCCCUUGCCGUCUGAGGAAUGUAUACCCACACACAGUUUUUUUCAACUGGGUUGGUUGCAACUUAAUAGGAUUACAGCCUAAAUUUCAAGUUCACUGCGUCUCAAUGGCUUUUCGUGUGGGUUUAUAGAUAUAAUUACCGCACAACGUUAGCUCUGUGCACAAUUACGCAUUUUAAUAAUUUGCCGAUUUAGCCUACGUAUUUUGUUUUUUAAUCUCUGUUUGGGUUUGCGAUUGUAUUAAGUAAUCUUGUCGUCAUUAUUUACUUCAACAUUAACCGUUUCCUCGCUCGCUCGCUCAUACUUUUUAGGCAUAAUAUAAUAAUAAUAAUUAAAACAAUACGUCCAAAACAUGAGAGAAUUUAGCCUCGGAAGAGAUUCUGUAGGUUACCGAGGAAACGGCAGCGGGAUUACGGUUCAGUUUUGGGAUUGUGAAAGGGUAGAGGGCAGGGGAGCCGGUGAAAAAGACCAAGGAGAGGCCGAAAAUACGGAGUUCUCAGCGGGACUGCCUGCCACGGAACAGCCGCUGCUGGUGCCGGAGAGCGUGGCUGGGUGUCGGUGGAGGAAAGAACCGAAUAUUCGCGAGGAAUUAUAACAGUAACAGGAAAACUUUUAAGAAACAUACAAUCUGUAAGAUAUUUUUUAUUGUUAUCAUUUUUAAAUACAAGUAACUUCCUUUUAAGAGGAGUCAACAUUAUUUUAAAUACAAUGUAUAUAUAGGCCUAUGAUGUGCUAGAUAACCCUUGCAAAUAUAUUCAGUGUAUUACCUUUAUGGGUAGAUGGAGAUUAGACGAAUUAAAGAUGUUUUAAGUUUCCUUUAUCCUACAUUUUAACAUCACUGUAGUGUAUGGCAUGAAGGAAUUGCUGUCUACGCAUUUAGAAAUGUGAACAGAUUUGAAAUUUCAGACUGAAAUUAAGCCGAAAACUAAACUACUUACCUUGCAAACCGCAUAUGGUGCCGAGACUUUGGACUUGGAACCACAAGUAAUAAUCGACUACCUUUGCUGAAAAGGCAAUUUCAAUAUUAAGUGAAACGAGCGCCGCUGGUUUCAUAACUGAAAUGCCUGCAGGAACUUGAGAUAAUAUUUUCCCCCUGCGUGAUUCAUACAGUAUCCGAAAAAAACUGGCUUAUAAUACCAAACGUUUGGCACACAGCUCAACCGUUUUAUUUGCUAUUUCGCUAUAUCACACUGCCCGCUGCUUCACUUGGUUAUUUUGUUGUAGGUGGUUUUUGACUAUUUAUAUGUAAGCGUCGUGACUGGUGAAAAAAGAUACGCGUUUGAUAAGGCUAAACGUUGGUUUUCAAGCUUGAUUCUUCGGGCGCACCUAACUUCAAUACAAGCUUUUGAAACAGACCUGCCGAUCGGUGUUUUGCCAUACGCGAACGAAAUACUACAAACAGUGUAGGCUUGGGUGUCAAAACCGUGAACGCAGUCUACGCGUCCUACACCGAACAGCUUUCUUUACACAUGCAACACGCACGUGCGCAGUAUAUCCGGGGCAUAAAAGGCUAACGCGCGUUGUUAAGUCAGUCAACUUUUAGGCUACGGGAAAAUGCAAAAGUUUUACAUAACUAACCAGUUAUUCGUUUGUUCAUUUGUGGUAUUAACAUUCACUACUAGCGUGACUGGUGACUGGUUUGCACGUGCACAGCCGCGAGUCGAAGCGGACAAACAUGCAGAGUGACAAGCGACACGCGCUCGGUUUGAUGCACUGAAACAAGCGCCACCCAAAGCCUCCGUUUGUACACAUACAUACACACGCGCGCGCGCGCACACACACACAGACACACACACGCGCACACACAUCCCAACUUCAUUAGAUAUGGUCUGACGUGAAAGGAAUUCAACAAAGAAUAUAUCCAAAAAGCAACACCAAGAACGAAGAUGUUCUGAGGAGAAACGCUUUGGACGUACCGUCAAGGGGGUCAUUGGGUUGAGACCCCUUCGCACCAAGUCCAGCAUCAAGUAGAAACGGAUAUAUACGAGGAUACCGUUACGGAUUUGUCUGGAAACUAAUCGCAUCUCCUGUCAUCUCUAGAGCACGCUCGCUCUCGCAGAAAGAGCUUAGCCAACGUGAAGCAGCCGAGCAUGGAGACCCCUCCCUCUGCCCCCCCUCAGCCUUUCCGACAGCCUAGCUUCCUCAGUAGACGGUUGAAGGGGUCCAUCAAGCGAGCGAAGAGCCAGCCCAAACUGGAGCGAACCAGCAGCUUCCGCCACAUGAUUCUGCCCCGGUUCCGCAGCGCUGAUCAGGAGAGGACUCGCCUGAUGCAGAGCUUCAAGGAGUCGCACUCCCAUGAGUCCUUGCUCUCUCCCAGCAGUGCGGCUGAGGCCCUGGACCUCACGCUGGACGAGGACGCCAUCAUCAAACCCGUACACUCCAGCAUCCUGGGACAGGAGUACUGCUUUGAGGUGACCACAGCCUCGGGGACGAAAUGCUUCGCCUGCCGCUCAGCAGCCGAGAGGGACAAAUGGAUCGAGAAUCUGCAGAGAGCCAUCAAACCCAACAAGGACAACAGUCGGCGGGUGGACAACGUGCUGAAGCUGUGGAUCAUCGAGGCGCGAGAGCUUCCCGCCAAGAAGCGGUACUACUGCGAGCUGUGCCUGGACGACAUGCUGUACGCGCGCACCACCAGCAAGCCCCGCACCGACACCGUCUUCUGGGGCGAGCACUUCGAGUUCAACAACCUCCCGGCCGUGCGCAGCCUCCGCCUGCACCUGUACAAGGAGACCGACAAGAAGCGCCGCAAGGAGAAGAGCACCUACCUGGGCCUGGUCAGCAUCCCCAUCUCCAGCAUCACGGGGCGGCAGUUCGUGGAGCAGUGGUACCCGGUCAUCCAGCCCAGCGUCCUGGCCAAGGGGGGCGGCGUGGGGAGCGGCAAAGCCAUCAACGCCUCGCUGCGGCUCAAGUCGCGCUACCAGACCAUGAGCAUCCUGCCCAUGGAGCUGUACAAGGAGUUCGCCGAGUACGUCACCAACAACUACCGCACGCUGUGCGGCGUCCUGGAGCCGCUGCUGAGCGUCAAGAGCAAGGAGGAGGUGGCCUGCGCCCUGGUGCACAUCCUGCAGAGCACCGGCAAGGCCAAGGACUUCCUGUCAGACAUGGCCAUGAGUGAGGUGGACAGGUUCAUGGACAGAGAGCACCUGAUCUUCCGCGAGAACACUCUGGCCACCAAAGCCAUAGAAGAGUACCUCAAGCUUAUUGGACACAAGUACCUCAAGGACGCCAUAGGGGAGUUCAUCCGGGCCCUGUACGAGUCUGAGGAAAACUGUGAGGUGGACCCCAUGAGGACCCCGCCCUCCGUGCUGCCGGACCAUCAGGCCAAUCUCCGCAUGUGUUGCGAGCUGGCGCUCUGCAAGAUCGUCAACUCCCAUUGUGUGUUUCCGCGGGAGCUGAAGGAGGUCUUCGCCUCCUGGAGGGUGCGCUGUGCGGAGCGGGGGCGGGAGGACAUCGCGGACCGCCUGAUCAGCGCCUCCCUGUUCCUGCGUUUCCUCUGCCCCGCCAUCAUGUCCCCCUCGCUCUUCAACCUGACGCAGGAGUACCCCGACGAGCAGACCUCCCGCACCCUCACCCUCAUCGCCAAGGUGGUGCAGAACCUGGCCAACAUGUCCAAGUUUAUGAGUAAAGACGAUCACAUGAGCUUCAUGAAUGAGUUCCUGGAGAUGGAGUGGGGUUCCAUGCAGCAGUUCCUGUACGAGAUCUCCAACCUGGACAGCGUCAGCAACGCCGGCAGCUUCGAGGGCUACAUCGACCUGGGCCGGGAGCUGUCCAUCCUGCACAGCCUCCUCUGGGAGGUCAUGGCCCAGCUCAGCAAGGACGCCAUAAUUAAGCUGGGCCCGUUGCCGCGGCUCCUGAAUGACAUCAGCAUGGCCCUGCGGAACCCCCACCUGCAGCGCCAGCCCAGCCACCAGACGGACAGGCCCCCGCCCGAGAGACAGGUGGACCGGCUGCUCACCCGCCCGAACUUCAACCGGGUCGUCUCCUCGGACUUCCAGAGCCUCAUGAUGCGCGACCUGAACAGCUCCAUAGACGUCUCCCGUCUGCCCUCCCCCACCUCCGGGCUCUCCGGAGGGGGGGUCAUGUCCUCGCACCCGGGCCUGUCGGGUUUUUCGGAGCGGGACCUCGCCCACCGCGCCUCCAAAGACGUGUUCUACGUGACCCGCCCGCCGCUGGCCCGCUCCAGCCCCGCCUACUGCACCAGCAGCUCUGACAUCACCGAACCGGACCCAAAGGUGCUGAGCGUGAAUAAGAGCGUGUCCAUGAUGGAUCUGCAGGACUCGCGCAUGAACAGCAUCUCCAACCUGCAGUCCGUGGGUGACAUGCUCAACUCCUCCCAGGCCUCCAUCGCGGGCCUGGGCAGCUUCGGGGGCCUGGGGGGCCCGCUGCGGGCCGGGGGCCGGCUCUCGGCCGGCUCGGGGGGCUCCAGCAUGUCGGGGGGGCUGCGCCUGGGCCAGAUGGGGGGCGGGACGGACUCGCUGUCCCAGCAGCAGCAGCAGCAGGCGGCAGCCAUGCACUACCCGCUGUCCUUCCAGAACCCCCUCUUCCACCUGGCCAGCGACGGGCCGCAGCUGCACCCCCAGCUGCACCCCCAGGGCGGGGGCCGCGGCCAGCCGCCCCCGCCGCUCCUGCUGGCCCCCGAGCCCGACCCCUCCCACCCCGCCUACGUGCCGCCGUUCGGGCACGGCGGGUUCUCCCGCAGCGAGGACCUGUCUGCCCUGCGCCCCCCCGCCAGCCUGGUGCAGCCCAGCAUCAUCCACUCCCACAGCUACAGCGACGACUACACCCGCCAGAACCAGGCCGACUACGGCCGCCGACAGCUCUCCCUGCAGGUGCAGGAAAACAUGCAGCAGCAGCAGAUGAUGAUGAUGGGCAUGUCUCCGCAGACAGGCGCCUCCCCUUCCUCGGUGGCCACGCCCCCCUCCACUGUCCACCCCAACCGGCAGGGCUCCAUCGCCCCGCCCCCUUCCCAGCGCUCUAAGUCUCAGGCUGCCCACCAGCUGUCCGCCAGCUCCGCCGCCAGCUCCACCCCUCCGACUAAGCCCCGCCCCCAGAGCGGGAACCUCCUCCAGUCGCCCGAGUCCAGCUUCGGGGGCCGGCAGCCGGCGCCGCGACAGCAGCUGUCCGUCAAGGACAGCCCCGCCCCCGGCUUGCCGCACCAGCAGAGCUCGACCAGGGAGCCGCAGGCGUCCCAGGGGCCACAAGGGGGCUCCACCCAGAACACGCCCCAGUCACAGCCCUCCCAACAGCCAACGCCACAGCAACAACAACAGCAGCAGCAGCAGCAGCAGCAGCAGCAGCAGCAACAACAGCAACAGCAACAGCAACAGCAACAGCAACAGCAGCAACAACAGCAGCAACAACAACAGCAGCAACCACAGCCGCAGCAACAACAGCAGCAGCAGCCGCAGCAACAGCAGCCUGCGCAGCAGCACCUGCUCAAACCCACCGCAGCCAAGCAGGGCUCCUCCCCCUCCACCCUGAACCCACCCACGGCGGCUAACGAGCGGACCGUGGCGUGGGUGUCCAACAUGCCCCACCUCUCGGCGGACAUCGAGAGCUGCCGCCCGGACCGCGAGGACUUCAAGCUGAAGGAGUACUCCAAGAGCAUGGACGAGUCGCGGCUGGACAGGGUGCGGGAGUACGAGGAGGAGAUCCACUCCCUGAAGGAGCGGCUGAUGAUGUCACACCGCAAGCUGGACGAGUACGAGCGACGCCUGAUGAGUCAGGAGCAGCAGACCAGCAAGAUCCUGCUGCAGUACCAGAACCGGCUGGAGGACAGCGAGCGCAGGCUCCGGCAGCAGCAGGUGGAGAAGGACUCCCAGAUCAAAGGGAUAAUCAACAGGCUAAUGGCUGUGGAAGACGAGCUCAGAGGGAGUGGCAUGCCUGAAAUCAAGCCCAGAAUGUUCGCUGAUCAGGAAGAACAGUAUUCCUCCCUGGGUCCAGCAGACCCCAGUGUGAUGUGUGGAGGAGUCGGAGAGGGAGGAGGGGAGGGCGUGGCGGCCGGAUCGGGCGUCUCCUCCACCAGCUCCCCCUGGAACGGGGCUCUCCCUCCCCUCCCCCCUCCCCGCCUGCAUCUCAAUCAGAACGGAGAGCUCCGCGGCAACCAAGGGCCCUCCAUGGCGACUGGAACCUCGGCAACGGCAGCAUCAGGACCGGCUGUGGCAGGAGGGGCAGUGGCUCAAUAGCGCCACCUGAUGGGGGAGACGAAUCACGCAGAAAACAAAAAAAACAACUUCAAGAUUUCCUGCCGAACCUUCCGCCCCGCCAUCCAGAAAAUCGCAUCUUUUUCCCGUGGAGACAGAAAAACAAUCACGUUCUUUACUGCCAAAGACAGAGAGAGGGGAGACUUGAGAGGGGGAAGCACACUCCACACACACAUUAUACGCACAUAUCUCAAAAGGGCUUUUAAAAAAAACACCUGUUCCCAACACUUGUUUUUUUCUUUUCUUUCGAAUGGUCAGAUGGGCUCUGCUCAGUGUCUAAGUUGAGGGACGGGAAGGUGGACCCUUCAUUGUGACUUAAUUAGGUAGAUUUCCUGGCGUACUCCCAUCAGUCACCAGUGAUGAUUUAGGGACAAUACAGUACCAUCCCGCCAACUACACAAAAAGGGUAGACAGCACGCUUUUGCGAGUUUUACUUGCCUCCAACUAGGCUUAUGUCUCAAACGGGACUGGGCAGUUAAGUCAUUCCACGGUCAUUCCAAACAGUCGGAAAAGUGCAUACAUUUCCCAUAAUUCCCUGGGCACAGGAGGGACUGCCCAUUUCCUGUCCCGCUCAGGGAAGCUCUGGAAUUCCAUUGGCCGGUGACGUGGUCACAUGGUUUGGCUCUCUCAGUGCCUUUGAGUAUCUUAAAGAACAAGCUGGGACAGUGGGUGCAUUUCUUAACUAUUUACAGCAGGGGACGCUGCCCUGUUCAGUGUCCCCCCCAUGACACACUGAUCCGCCACUACCUAGUGCUUUCAUGGCCCCUAUAUAGUAAUAUCAAAUGCAUGUUCAAAAGUGCAAUAUAUGUUGAAAUGCUAUGAAAGGAAAUAUAUCUUUAACGUAUGUCAAAAAAGUACUGCAUAUAUUAGAAAACAUGUAUUAUGACCACUUCUGCAUCUGUUGCAGAAUUUGUGAUGAAAUUGCUAGCAUCCUAAAAUGUAAUUUUGCAAACUGCACAUAUAUAAACAUAUAGCCAUAAAGUAUAUAUUUUGUAAUAUAUGCAAUAUAUAUAUUGGCAUGCAUUUAAAAAAUAUCUAUCCCAUGUUCUUACCUUAUAUUUUACUCUAUAAUUGACAUUACAUAUAAUUUUCAAGGGCAAAUAGCUGAGUUUUUAAGGGUUCUGUGUGAUGUUCUUACAGUAAUGAAUAUAGACUGGACUGGACUCUACCAGUCUGGAUUCUACUGGACUGGACUGGACUCUACUGGACUGGACUGGAC